AUGAGUGUUUCAGGGCCACCAGGACCACCUGGACGGGAUGGUCAACCUGGCAAGGCAGGACCACCGGGUCCACCGGGCGAUCCAGGCGAGAAAGGUGCCGACGGUUUGCCGGGCCCACAUGGACCGCCCGGACCACGUGGACCACCAGGGCAGCCUGGUUCGUGCGACCAUUGCCCGCCUCCGCGAACAGGACCCGGUUAUGCGCACCGAUUUAAAUAG